AACUGAGAUUUAAACUCCCUUUUGACCAGUUUAUUUUCAUGCAUAAAAGAAGUUGGGUCACAUUCAGUGCAUAUGGCUGGAAACGGCUGAUCUGACCGUAUCUCUCGUUCCACAGUUGGCUCUAGUUGUGAUUUUGGCACUGGAUCUGUUUGCUGGGUUUCGAGCCGCUUGGACGUAAGGAAGCGAGCAGGGAAACCUCUCUCUCUCCUCUCACAAUUGUUCCCCGUGUUUGUCCUCCUGCAGCUGAGGCUCUGCUGAUAAGAGAGGCUUUCCAGAGAUACCCCGUGAGAUGCCCAGACAGGGAGGAAGUUCAAUUAGGGUUUGAUUUCCUCGGCCAAAGCAUGCAUGUGAUCGUGCGAGGCAGAGAUUUCCAGGGGCUCGAGUUUUGAGACAAUGGGCUUCAAUGAGCACUCAGGAAAAUCAAUGUUUUCUACUUCGCACUCCGAUGUUUCUCUCUUUCAAGGUUGCAUCCUGUUUUGGUGAUCUUAGCAAACAUUCCCCUCACGCCAGAGACGGCGCGGGACCAGGAGCGGCGUAUUCGGCGGGAAAUCGCCAACAGUAACGAGCGCCGGCGCAUGCAGAGCAUCAACGCUGGCUUCCAGUCUCUGAAAACACUCAUCCCGCAUAGUGACGGAGAAAAGCUAAGCAAGGCUGCCAUCUUACAGCAGACGGCCGAAUACAUCUUUUCUCUGGAGCAGGAAAAGACGAGGCUGCUGCAACAAAACACCCAACUCAAACGCUACAUACAGAAGGAGUUCAGCGGCUCGUCCCCGAAGAGGAGGCGCGCAGAGGAGAAGGAUGAAGGGAUUGGAUCUCCAGACAUCCUGGAGGAGGAGAAGGUGGAGGACCUUCGGCGAGAGAUGAUCGAACUCCGACAGCAGCUGGAUAAAGAGCGCUCCGUUCGCAUGAUGCUGGAAGAACAGAUCCGCUCGUUGGAUGCCCACUUGUACCCAGAGCAGCUAAAGGUGAUCGCUCAGCAGGUCCAGGAGCAGCACGUGCAGACGCAAACCCUGCUUCGUCUUCAACAGCAGCAACAAGAUCAGAUGGAAAAAGAGACCAACACACCUGCUCGCAGCCCGCUGGUGUUUUCUCCUGCCACGCCGCCUGCGCCCACUCAUCACGCCACAGUAAUUGUUCCCGCCCCUGCGCCGCCGCCCCCUCCCCAUCAUGUGACUGUGGUGACCAUGGGCCCCACCUCCGUGAUCAACACAGCAUCCACAUCACGACAGAACUUGGACACCAUUGUGCAGGCCAUCCAGCACAUCGAAGGCACGCAGGACAGGAUGGUUGUACCCGAAGAGGAAAAGCGCCGGGCGGUCAUCGUCACCUCGGGCCGUGUCCUCACAGACACCGGUGACUCCGACACCGCCUCUGACAACGAAGGAUCUGAGGACUGUUAACUGCCCCGGACACCCCCACCACCAAUUCGCACCACCACAUGUAACGGGGGGCGCAGAAAAUGGGGGGAGGGGGUCUGUGGCCAAAGGCCUCCCGCAGAAAUACUCUUUCUUUCUCUCUCCUCUCUUCCUGUCACUGUCUUCUUCAUACUUGCAUACGGGACUCACAGACUCAAUGACUUGAAGGUUUCUGGGGGUUGGGGUGGGAGGGGAAACAAAACAAAAACAAGAAAAAAAAUUAGAUGUUACAGGAAAUGUGCCGGUAACCCAACGAGCACGCUUAUGUAUACUCACACAGUACACUAUAACCCCAUAGCACUCUGGUAACAUGUUGAUACAUUCAUAUUAUACAGCUCUUACUCAUACUCCGUCGAACUGUCUUCUGUUUUCACAACGCACGCUCCCAGGUAAGCGAUUUUGUGAGGGAAUCACAAAAUCUCCGUCAGAAUCUGCCACAGGUCUUCCAAGCCUCUGCUUCAUUAUUUCCUUUUCUACAUCCUGCCCAUAAGAGGGCAGUAGAGUGUUCUGAUUGGAGGGAACCCAUUACGGCGUCUCAAAAUGAACACUUUGCCCCACCACCCUCUGGUUGCAUCAUAUUACUCUAUCCAUUCUGGGGAGGCUUGAAGCAUCACUGUGAGCCAAUGAGACUUCAGAAACCUGUUCCACACCAUGGCUUCCGAAACUUUAGAGGAAAUGUUACCUUUUAUUUUGUUUUUUCUUUUUGUUUCGGUGCAGACGCGCUCCUAGAUUUCCAUUUGCUGGUAGGCACCUUUGAUUGUCGUCUUGUCAAUGGAGGGACAAAGACCGGCACUGCUUAGAGGGGCUCCGAGCACUUUGUAAAUAACGCAAAGUUAUUACACAAAGAGGGGGGGGACUUUGUGCACUUAAUGUCGCUCACCUUUACUGGGCUGGGUUCCCAGUAUGCUUGUUGGUGUAGGGUGAAGCACUCCCUCCGUCGCAUCAAACGCCCCCCCGGUCCAGUCCUCACAGAUCUGAUUUUGAAAUUCUGGCCGAGUUUUUGUCCUUUAUGUGUCAAAUGGAAUAAGCUAACCGUCAGGUACUUGUACCUGUGAGUAAAUUUAUGUGUUGCUAUUAGCACACUCGCUAAUGUAAAUGUAAAGGUCUUGUUUUUUUUUGAGAAAGUGUUAAAAUAGCACUAUCAGGGUUGUCGUGGCCCGAUUUCAGCCUAUGCAGCUCUUCUGGUUCUCGUCCCCCUUUGAGAGCAAUUUUGUGACCCCUUUGGUCUUCUCCCGGAAGUAUUGUCCUGUCCAUCUUCAUGUCUGAUGCUCCGUAACAAUGUUUACGGCGACACCGAAGAGUUACUAGCCCAUAAUCAUGUAGUCAAGCGCUCUAGCUCUAUGCACUCGCUGGUUCACUCUGUUCGCUUGAAUGUUUCAAUUUCCUGUAUCUUUCGGCGUACGACGAGGAUGUUCGUACAUGCCACAGAUAAUCAUGUGCAAAGUGGUGCUAUUCCUGCGUGAGCUGUCCAGAUAAGCCAAGGAUGUCCAAUCUGUCUCCCAGAGGGCCACUGUCCGCUAGAGUUUUGCUUCAACUCCGAUUAUACAGGGUUACUACAGGUAUGAGAUGGGACACGUUGGGGCUAAACAGGACGUUGGUUUUGGGACCAGGCUUGGACACUCCUGGGAUAAGCCAUGUGAUAUUGUGAGCUCUUCAUACCCCUGGUGGGAUUGAGAGACUUUACAGAAAACAAUGGCCAGUGGCUUGCCUUAAAACAGCUUCGGUGUGCUUGUGAGGCACAGAGGCCUGCCUUAAACUAGCCCUGAAGGUGGCGCUACAGAGCAAGGCCGGAGGACGCGGUUACGACAUGGUACCCCAUGUUCAUCUCUUCUCAAAGUUCACAUUUCCAGACAUUCCAGAAUGGUGUACUAUUGUGUUUUGUGUUGAGUUGUCGACGCUAAAGUCGGCAAGAUUUGGCCAUAGAUGAAGGUGAGAGUUGUUUUGUUUUUUUGACAGGAAAUUCAAAGUGUGCAUGUCCCCCUUCCCUUACGAAAUAUUACAGGGAAUCUUUUUGCUGCUGGACAGAUUCUGUUUUUUUUUUUCUUCUUCUGGAUUUAUCAGGUGCAUUCAGCACGCUGGACCUUGUCAUUCAUAUUGCAGCAAAGACUGCAGGGAAACAGGGCUUCCAGAAGAAU